AUGGGCUUUGUCAAAAACGAAAGACAAUAUCACUGGAGUAAAACAAAACAAGUGGCACAAGGUGUCAAGCCAAGGUUGUGGGGGGUAGCUGACCUUGACCAAAAUCUCGGAAAUACCAAACCUUCGUUCGCUGAAGACCAGAGGCCUACGACUAUAAUGAAUAUUAUUUUCCAAAAGAAUUUGAAAACUUGCCCAAUCAUAGAGCAAGCAUCAAACUUGCAAUGUUGCACUCAUCGAGGUGCGUCAAAAGAAACCAAAAAGAAGAAGAAAAAGAAAAUUAAAGGAAACCUUUUACUCGAAACUAUCAUCGAUAAACUACAAUCAACCACUGCCCAAAAAAACCCCAAGAGCCAAUAUGAGCCGGGAUGCCAAGCCGCACUCGGCGAUGCCAGAGCUAUUCCACCCACUCAACGUCCAAGGACCCGCUGGUUACGUUGCAUUGAUUCCCAAGCUCAGUUUCAAUGGGUUGAGAAGCUUGGCUUGGGCGACUGA